AUGUUUACCUGCGAUGCCUGUCUGCAUCGGGCGUUAUUCUCCCUUGGUAGACCGUCCUUAAAAUCCCCUCGGUUCACACAUCAGCCCCUCGAUCGCGCGCUCAAUCCUACAAUCAGUUUCUGUCGCAGCCAUGUCACUCUCGAAUCCCUCAGAAAGGGCCAUCAUCGCCACUCGGUAUUCGGGGCUCUCAAGGACAAGAGGAGGAAAGUCUCGAUACCCAAGUCCAAACCGUCGAACCCGCGGUCAAGGUUCAAUGUCAGACAGGUGGAGGCCGUGGAAAACAACCGGCUGAAGCGUCUCGAGCCCGAUGCCCGGGAGAAGUACAUGAAGAGAGCUAUGAGACAGGAGUCCAAAUACUUGGUGGACCCACUGAAGUUGGCUCAGGGUAUUCUAGAAAAGCUGAGGGACCACCAGCUGGACGAGGCGUUAGAACUGGUCCGUGCAAGUGAGAAGAGUCUCGAUGGCAAAGGUGUAGAGAAUAUCGUCAGUUGGAAUCACAUCAUCGACUGGCUGAUGAGCCAGGACUCUCCUGGUGAGGCAUGGAAGAUCUACAAUGAGAUGAAAAAACGCGGCCACAAACCGGACGCACACACGUACACCAUCAUGUUGAGAGGGUAUCGUCACAACGUCAAGAAACCCAAUGCUGUUCAACAAGCGAUGAGCGUUUACGACUCCAUCUCCGCUGCCAACUCCACCGUCACUCCGACCACGAUUCACACCAAUGCGGUUCUUAGUGUAUGCGCCCGAGCACACGAUGUCGACGCGAUGUGGAAGAUCGCUGGGAGACUUUCAGAGCGCGGCCCUGGCGCUCCGAACCAUAUCACUUUCACCACCAUCCUACAGGGUCUGAACGGCGAGGCUCAAAAGCGGGCUAUAGAGCAAGGAGCCAGAGAAGGUCCGGGCUUCAACCCGCAACCAAUUUUUGACCAGGUCAUCGAGGAUGCCCGGAAACUGUGGCUUGACAUCACUUCACGGUGGAGGAGGGGUUAUCUACACAUCGAUGAGGCUCUUGUCUGUGCGAUGGGCAGAUUACUCAUGCUUUCGGACGAUAAGAAAACCCAGAAGGAUGUACUCAACCUCGUUCACCAAACUAUGAACAUAGCCAAGAUGUCGCAGGGGUCAGAUGCUGAAGCGCAGGAUGAAGCACAAGAGGAUGAUGAGGCGGGAAGUGACGAGCAGCGUCCGUCCACGAUAGAUGCCCCAGCAAGGAUAACACCUCGAUCAGAUGCGUCUGCGAAGCAAGUCAGCACGGCCACCUCGGUCUAUGCCACACCCGGGAAUAACACCCUCUCAAUGCUCAUUGAAACAGCCACGGCUCUUCGGGAGCUCAGAUUGGGCAAGUACUACUGGGAAUUGCUCACCGCUAAAGACGGCCCGUACAAGGUUGUCCCUGACCACCAAAACAUCCAGGCUUACCUGCGUCUACUUCGAGUUUCCCGCGCAAGCAGAGCUGUUUUGGAUGUGCUACGCGAACCCCGACCCGAAGACGUGAGCCACAAGUUGAUGGUGCGCGGCACUUUCAUUAUAGCAAUGAGCACCUGUCUGAGAGACAAGAAGAACCCUAAUGUCUUUGAAACCGCCAGUCGAAUCAUGGAUCUGAUGCAGGAAAGCACAGAAGACAUGAGUGGACGUGAGAGAGAAGAAGAUCCAGACGGCCAAAAGCUCAGGUUCUCGCCAAAAGUACUUCGGAUGUAUCUGGAAAUAGCCAUUGCAACCACCAAAGGCAUCAACGGCGAGGCUCUCCAGAAGACCAAGAGCGGAGACUUGGACUUUGAGCGCGAUCCCAGCAAAAAUCACGCAAUGCGAGCCCUGCGACGGCUGGGCCCGGAUAUCAUGAACGUCAGGCAGAUGAUCAAAUCGUACUUGAUUGACAUUGAACAGCAAGCCUCCAUCCAAGAACGAACAAUCAGGGUCAAGAAGCUGCUCGAGAAGCGGAAGAUUACUCCGUACAGUACGAACGAGAACAUCAACGACCUGAUCGAAUUGCUGCGGACCAUGAUCGGGGCGAUUGACAAAAUCAUCCUGGUCAACGAGAAAUUGGAGGAUGAGGGAAUGGGCCCUCUCGACAAAGAGAUCGUUAAUGAGUGUUGGUUGCAGAAGCGAAAGCUGUCCGCCUUUGUGAGCAAGUAUGCGAAUGCAGUCGUGGAGCCCAGAAAUCCGUCCGAGAUCCGAGCGCGGAGGAUCAACGAACAGGGCCAUCGCCCAGGCCGGAGACAGUCUCAGGAGCAUGUCGGGGGUGACUCGGACGCACAAGCCACCAAGCAAGUCGAUAUUAAUGAUGACCAGGAUCUGACCGACCCUUCGAUCCCGGCGCCCGGUCCUCGCGCCAAGAUCCUUUCCGACAUUCAAUCCGCGCAAGAGAAAGUGCUCAAGAAAUCCGAAGAGCGCGGUCUCUCGCGCCGACAAAAGCUCGAACUCAUCAAAAAGGAAACCAUCCGCGCACAGUUUCCCGCCAGUAUGCUUCGCCAACAAGAGACGCCAAAGCGUGUGUUACGGAAACAGGACACGAAGGCGGCCGCGGCGCGGGAGCGGACGAGGGAAAUGCUCGAGUCUGGUACUGGUGGCGGCGAAAGGAAGAUGCCGGUCUGGAAGGCGAGAGAGGCGACCCGGAAGCUAGCGAGAGAGACCAGGGAUGAGCGGAGGCAGAGGGAGAAAGAAGACAGGCGGCGGCGAAGGGAGGAGGUCGAGCUCGUGGAGACGGCGAAAAGGGACAGGAUGCGGGAUCAGAAGGAGACGUACCGAGGUUGGGGUGGUGGGUUUGAGGAGCUGGCUAAAGAGAAGGGUAGAAACCUCGGAGGAGAGGCUGGCCUUAUUGAACUGGGGCCCUGA